AGGCAGAUGGAUUAGAUGAUCUCUAGAGGUCCCUUCCAAACCGUGUGGUUUUUGAUUCUGCAAUUUGUCUCGUCUUGCUUUGUAUACUUUCCUUCUUAUAAUGCAUCUUUUCUGUUCUUAGGUCUUUAUAAGAUUGUGGCAGACAAAACACCAUAUGUCAGCGUUGAAGAAAUUACAAGAAAAGUUGCUAUUGGGCCAACAAGAUUUGGCCAUCCAUGUUUCUAUAGCCGUGAGGAUAUAAAACUGGCAAACCUCACUAUCAAACAGGGUGAGCAGAUCACCUUCAAUUCUGUGGAAGAGAUCAAUGGAACAAUGGCUGUGAGCUGUGUUAUGGUCAGAAACAACCAGUCUCAUUCCUUUAUUUUGCCCCUAUCACAAAAAGGAAAAUUCUACGAGUGUGAAGAUGACCAGAUAUACACCCUAAAAGAGAUUGCAGAAUGGAAAAUCCCUAAGUGCAGAAGCCGGAUUGUCAAACUUUCCAAUGCUUUACAUAUGUGGAACUCCUCUAAUCCACUUCCUGAGAAUUUUGGUGGCUACUUGGUUCUCAUGCCUGUCUACGAAGUGCAGGCAGUAAUGAAAUUUCGUAAGGACGUAGUUCAUAUCCUCUCUGAUCUAGAUGUCGAGGUCAAGGAUAUAACAGACUGUUACGACACCAGCUCUUUCCUUCAGCCACUGUCUUUGGAAGAUGUAUUUGAGAGAACAAGCAAGGAAUUUCCCAUGAUUGCUGAGAUAAUGGAUGGACUUUUAGGAAGCAAGAAACCUUAUAACUUAUUGCAUACGGGGAAAGAGAUUGUCAUCUAUAAGAAGUACCAGGCUACAAGAGUUAUAGCCUCUGAGAUCAGAAGUGAUUCCUCCAAAAGACAUUUUUUAAUCCCUAUGACCUAUAAAGGAAAGUUCAAGAGAAGACCUCGGGAGUUUCCAACUGCCUAUGACUUAGAGAUAGCGAGAAGUGAAAGGGAACAGCUUCAUGUUGUAGCAACCAAAGCUUUUGACUCUCCUCAUACAGAGCUUUUUUCUGUUUCAGUUGGAGAUCAGUUUCUAGUUCAGCAGUGUCAGACUAGUGAAGUUCUUUAUGAGGGAAGAAAGAAAGUCAUAGAUGUUUUAGCUUGUGAACAAAUACUAAGUAAUGCAUACAAGAAAGUGCUUCUCCCUAUGUACAUGGAAGGUGGCUUUGUGGAAGUGAUUCAUGACAAGAAGCAGUACCAGCUUUCUGAGAUUUGCAAAGAAUUUCGUUUGCCUUUUAAUGUCAAAGUGUCCGUGAGGGAUCUUUCCAUGAAAGAGGAUAUCUUGGCUGCUGUGCCUGGUCUGCAGCUUGAAGAAGAAAUCACAGACUCUUAUUUGCUGAUCAGUAGUGCCAGCAGUCCAAUGGAGAGCUGGGAAAUUCCUGUGUAUCGCUUCAACAUGUUGGUUCAUUUACUCAGCAAAGAUGUCCAGACAGUUGUACCUCCCAUGACUAGGACAACAGUGGAAGAGAUCAGUGAAGAGCAAUACUAUAUGGUACGAAGAUAUGAAAACCAAACUGUACUUCCACCCCCUAGACCUCCCAAAAAGCCAGCAACACUUAUGCAACAACCUGUUUUUGCAGUUUCUGAGCAAGAUGUAUCUGAUGUACUACAGGCUCCAAAGGUAAAAUACUGUGCUAUGUCUGUGUCUUUGAAUCUCUUACAAACAUAGGUCGUUUAUAGUCUCCACUUGACACCAUCCUUGUGGUGUUGUACACAGAUGGCUCUCCAUUCCUUAUAAUAGGCAAAUUAGCCAUUAUAGACAACAAUGUUUAAAAUCUCCACUGUGUGUUAAUUGAUCCAUGAAAAACAACAGAACCAUGCUGACUCACAGCAGAAAGCUUGGCCUUAUAAUUUUAGACAGACAAUCCUUAAUUGCAGCAAAGCAAAAGUGAAUGGAGAGACAUAAAGUGGUUAUAUUCAUACAUUUAUUAAGGGGUAACAUAUGUUUUCAUUAUAUAUAUCAAGAGAAUUUUGCUCAGCUGGAAACAGCAGAAUCAAAUUCACAGAAAGUCAGGCUGUAUGGAUCUUUUUAACUGCAUAUUUUUGCACUUACCCAAGUGGCAAAUAGAUUGGAAUAAAAAGGGCAAUACUUUUAGAAAAGCCCUCAACAUUGAGAAAGUUAACUACCCCUUCUAGGACAAUUUUCUUAGUGAUUAACCUAAGCCAAUGUAUUUGGUCAUUAAUUUUUCUGUUGAGUCUGGCUGAGAUGGAAAUUAUUUUCUUCAUAGCAGCCUGUGAGAUGCUGUGUUUUGAACUUGUGACUAAAAUGGUGUUGGUAACUCAUUGGUGUUUAGACUGUUGCUGAGUAGUAUAUGCAUAGAGAAUAGGCCUUCUCUUUUUCUACUCUGUCCUCCAAGCAAGAAGGCCAAGAGGUGGCCUAGAGGCUGGGAGUGGACACAGUUGGGACGGAUGACCUGAAGUGGCCAAAAGAAUAUUCUGUGUCAUGCUCAGCCAUAAAAAAAGAUAGGAGUGAUUGGGAGAGUGGCCAUAGAACAGAAAAUGGCAAGCCAUCUUUCUUCUUGUGGAAAGUGCUGAGCAACAUCACUUUUUUUUUUUUUCCUCUUUCCUUUUUAAAUUGUCUUUUUGUCUUCCCAAGAAUUUUCUCACUUUUUCUCUUCCUUAUCCUAACAUCAGAAUGGGAGUGAAUGAACAGGUAGAUGGGUGUUCAGCUGCUUGCCAACCCAUCACAGUUUUCUUAAAUAUUGAGAGAAUUAAAGAAGGACAGGUUGAUGGAUUUCAACAAGGGACUGUCCAGUAGAUACAUAAUGUCUAUCAAUUUCUCUCUUCCACGUGCAAAUGCAAAUUCCCUACAGGGAAAGAAAACUAUAUUCUAGAAAUCCUUUCAGAACUCUGAUGAGGCCUCAGUAUGAGACUGCAGAGCAAUUGUGCUGCAUUUUAAAUGCAAUAGAACUCAUGGCAUUGCUUUUGGGGUGGGCUCAGGGAAAGUUAUUUUUUGUAUGCCAUUCUACUGUGCUAGGGAGGACAGAUAGGAUGAACCCUGGAAUUAACAGUGAAGUCUUCAGCCUAGCACUGGCUUGGGAUGCUGAACAGGGGAAGAAUUCCGUAAAUACAAUGUUUCUGGUAGACCUGUAUGGUAAUGAGGAUUCAGACUUCCUGCUGUGACUGGUGGCUUGGCUUGGUUGUUGAAUCCAUACCAGACUUGUGCAGUAAAAGUAUUUUUUCUGAAGAGAGGAGCGAGCAUUAAGGACAGGAGAGGGAAGAGUUGAGGUUCUUUUGCACAUUCAUGAGUGAGAGUGACCUUAGACUGCAGCUGCCCUGGCAAAGAGGCAUGUGUAAGCAGACUGCACCAGAGAACAUCAUCUUUUUUGUCACAUGCUAGUUAUAAAUAAAUAAUAAAUUAGAGUUAGAAUUAUUUGAAUUAUGCAGAUUCAUAAAUCUCCUUCCCUGCAAAGACGAAACAAGUAGAGUUCCCUUAUUCAUAAGAUUAAACAUCGUGAAAGUUAAUGCAAUAGGUUUAAAGUCUCACAGAAUACAUUAUCUGUUCUAUCCCAAGCACAGCAAGUCCUCUGAGAGGAUGUGGAUCGUAGCUGAUAGGCUUUGCCUUGGCCUCUCUGCCAGAAACAGCAGUACAGAGACUUCAUUUUCUUCUAAAUCUAGCAGGGAUGUCUGAGGUCUCAGAAAGUUAGAGAUUGUGCCAAACUGAUAAAUAGCUCAUUUAGCAUAUUUUGUGACUCUGCAUAGGCUUAUUUGCAUAAAUAACAGACAAAUGUUUUAAUGAGCUGAACUUAACCCUGACAAGGUGGCAGCCUAGAAUAAGCUUUAGUGCUACAUGAUUUGCCACUCUUCUACAGGCAUCUCCCUGCCUGGCUGCAUGCUGGAGGAUGGUGGUCAGUUCCUUACCGAAUUGUUAGGAGCCUGGUACUCCAGGAUUAAAUGCUGCUGCAGCACGAGUCCAAAGAAGUCUAAGAUAUGGCUGUUCUAUGUCAGUAGUGGAGGAUGCUCUGCCAGAGUGGGUUACCUGUAUCUAUGGCUUGUGCUUUGAACACCUAUUACCUAUUCCAGCAAGACUGUGAGAGCAGGGAGGCUCCAGCUGCCUCUGCCUGCUGCUCCCUGACCUUGGUAAGGAGAAUACUAGGGCCAGGAGCAGAACUGUAUAGUGUGUUUCCCUGUGUUCUUUUGGCCAUUUUAGUCACUGAAUUGUAUGAAAUUGGCAACUAGUGUGGACUGGAAGGAACCUCACAUGAGUGCAAGAACAGCCUCUGCAUGCAAGGUGCAGUACUACAGAGACACUUAUGUUUGCACAGUUCAGCAAAGUCCAGAGACAAAAAUAACGUAGCUGCAUUAUCCAAGCCCUAUGCCUAGGUUCCUCAAAGGGCUAAUUAAUUCGGCUCAGCUCCUGCUGACACAGCUUUCUCUUUCAGAGCCUGGGGAUCCCUUCUCUCACCUCCACAAGGCCCUGCAGACUUUGGCUUUUCCUCUCACCUCAUCAUUCUUUCUGGUUAAAAAACAAACAUUCAGCACGCAUACGUUUGAAGUUUUGUAUUAGUUGUUAAUUUAAUGAAGAAAGAAGCUUGUGCCAUACCCUUCCCCC